AUGCUGUUGCAAGGGAUCAAAUACGUUGAGCCUUUCGACCAGCUGGACAACAUUGGUAGCACCAAAUGGCGUAAGUCACUACGCUUCUUAGUCUUGUACUACUUCCUCGAACAAGGACUUAUCGACCGUUCUGUUUUCACGAAAGAUGGGCUAGAGGCCUUGCAGAGAGCAUGCACGAGCAUCGCCGAUGGGCAAAUUCGGAUUGAAAAAAAGCCAACACGCCCACCUCUCGUCGUUUCGAGACACGUUCAGACCACGGAAGCUCAGAAGUGGCCGAGGUCAGAAGAAGAAGACGAAGACGAAGAUUUUGAAGGCCUAAUCGUCAAGCGAGAGGAUACGCCAGUCGUCCUAGUGAAAGCAACUGAGGAUAGUUCUACGCGCGCGGUCAGUACCAUGGUGCGAAGAGACGACAACGUUGCCGCAAGGCCUUUCCUGAAGAUAUUGACCACUCAAAAGAACUCAGAGAGAAGUUACGGACAUGUGUCAGCUGCAUCUAUGUUCGUAGGCGAAUCGAAAAGGAAAAGGUCUGCGGAUGACCAUGUCAUGAAAGAGAAGGAGCACGACGGAGAAGAGGAUCCGAAGCUGGUGUGUAGCCGCUUCAAGCGCCUAGCACAAAUCAAGAUUGAGAGCCUCCAAAAGGAAGCAAGUGUGAUCCAAGACACGUUAGAUGUGCACACCAUGUCACUCAACGAAGCUGUAAUGGCAGUUUCGAGUUAUGAGAAGGCUCUCCUAGUUGCAAAAGCAAGGUUGGAGGCAGUACAAGCUGCAAAGACCGCCACGGAGACAAGACUUGAGGAGGUGCGCAGUGAGGUGACAAAGAAGAGUUGGAUAUUCCAGGAAGGCUUUGAGUCUUUCUACGAUUGA